AUGGGUGGGGAGGUGGAGCUCAUGCCAGACCCAUGGGCUAGCAAGCCGAACAGCUGGGACGAGGAAGAGGACGGCCCCUGGGAGCGGCCCAUGAUCCCGAAGCCCGCCUGGCGGCGCUUUGUCUCCGAGCUCUGGAGCUCCCUGCUCGAUGCCUGUCCGUGGCUGCUGCUGGGACUCCUCAUUACCGGCGCCCUUUCUGCAGUUGCGCCGCCAGAGAGUGCAGCCAUGGGCUACCUGGGCGGCUCAGGCAUUGCUGCAGUCGUCAAGGGAUCCGCCUUCGGCUUGCUGAGCCCCCUUUGCAGCUGUGGGGCACUACCGAUUGCUUUGGGUCUGGUCAACGCGGGCGCAGGGACUGCCACAGCUGUAGCGUUUAUGGUGGCCGCGCAGGCCGCCGGAAUCGACUCGCUGAUGUUCACGAUCGGCGUCCUCGGCUUUAGAUGCGCCCUCGCUCGGCUCUUCGCAGCUGGACUGGUGGCUACGGCCGCAGGCUUUGCCGUGCCUGGAGCCUUCACCGCCAGCGACGACCAUCACAUCCAUGGUAAGCAGGAUCAUUUGCAGACGCUGGCAGAGGCAGUGGCACCGGAUGGUCCCGGCUUCUUCUACUUGAAGAUCCCAAGCCAGGAUCUCGUGCAGUUGGCGGAGGAUGUGCUGCAGCGUUCCAGAGAGUUCUUUGCACUCCCACCCGCAGAAAAGCAGAUGCUGGACAACGCGGAGGCAUUGUGGUACUGGGUAAAGGACGCAGAGAGCGGCGCCACAGCAUCAAUACCGUCGACAGGAUCAGGUUAUCGGGGCGUCAGCCAGGAUGCCAACUUUUCGGGUGACAUGCGCGAAUCGUUCAACCUCGGGGCACCGUCUGAGAUCCUCGAAGUCUCCAUCGAGACCUGCGGCAUGGGAGGGAAUCCAUGGCCCGACACAAGGACAACCCCAAGCGCCAGAGAAAGCUGGUGUGAAACAUUUCGGCUGCAGUCGUCGGAGUAUUUUGGCCAGUGCCUGGCGACUUGCCGGGUCCUGCGGAAGAAGCUGGAGGAUCCCAGCUGCCUCGGCCCUUUCUUGCGGGACGGCGUGGCGUCGGAUGCGGCCUUCGAGCGCUCCACGAGCCUACUGGGCUUCACGCACUACAACUACUCGCAGUUUCGCCCGGCAGAAGGAUAUUCUGGAUCAGAGGAGACACAGCAGCGAGCUUUUGGUAUCCGCCCACAUCAAGAUGAUGGAUUGUGCACCUUGCUCUACACGGAUGGACAAGGAGGCCUCGAGUUCGCCAAGGGGCUUCGGUCCGGCACUUCGGAGGCCGCGUCGGACAUGUCGCUCUACUCCGGAACGCACUGCAGAGCAGAUCUUCAGUUCUCAGAUGCGGUGAUUUGGGAGCCUGUUCCCUUCCUGCCAGGGCACUGGAUCGUCAACCUGGGUACAGAUCUGUUCCGCUGGGCUGCGCAAUCUUCGAGCCAGUCGUCUCUCUGUCGCCCAUGCAAGGCCACCCUGCACAGAGUCGUGCCGAUCACUGGCACCACUGAUCGCUACUCUAUGCCAUUCUUUUACGAGCCGAACUUGGAUGUGCGUGACCCCUACCCUCCACAUACGGCCAGGUACGAAUACUUGAUCCGGGACGCUGCGGACGGUGUGGUGCGAAAGCUGCAGGAGAAACCCGGUGAGCCGUGA